AUGGACAGGCUAGGUGACAGGGGUGGGGCACAACCUCACCCUCACCAACCAAGGGCCAGUCAAGAUGCACGUCGGGUAAUUGAAGAGCGACAGCUGCACAGAGGAGACCUUGAUGCUCGAGACCUCUUGCACAGGAGGCGCCUCGAACAAACCAGAGAAGCCAUCAGGAACGAUAGGAUCACCCGAGGUCUACCCCCCUCUAGUGCCAAGACUACGGCCUCCGCACGAGACCACCCCACUCCUUCAAAGCAAGUCAAACCGAUCAAGGUCAGCUCCCGAAGGACAUCUCUAUGGAGGCACACACCUUCUCCCACAAGGAGACGUCACUCACCCCCUAGCCGGACUAGAGGCCAUUCCCCCAGGACAAGGGUUUCACUCCCCGAUCAACAGCCAGGGGCUCAUUCAUUCUCUCAUCGCCCUAGGCAUCGUUCAUCCUCAAGAAUAGGAAGGAGUCCUCCACGCCGUGAGCGAACAUACUCGCCUCUCCCAGAGAGUAGAGGUAGGCAUACCUCCCCAAGAGGAAGAUGGGGCUUCCCUCCACCAAGAAAUGAUAGGCACAUGCACACUUCAUCAUUACAGGAGGCUCUCGCUCCCUUCUCCCAAGAGAUAAUGAACACCCCUCGCCGAGACAAAGUGAAGGUCUGA